CAACAACAACAACAGCAACUUCAGCAACAACAACAUCAACAACAGCAACAACAACAGCUACAACAACAACAGCUGCAGCAGCAGCAACAAGAACAAAAUAAAUUAAUAGAAUAUGCCAAAAAACAACAGGAGCAGAAUGCAAAAAGCUAUGCUUAUAUUCGUUUUUUCUCAAAUCAAAAGCCAGAUAAUCUACAAAAAAUUCAGAUAUUCCACCCUGAACCUCAUUCUGUGAAUCUGGAUGAAGAGUUAAGUCUGCAAAAAGAAAAUAACAUAGAAAUUCAGCAAGAUCCUUUGCUGCGUCAGAAAUUUAAACUUAUCCCAUAUGAAUAUAUCGCGGAACAAAAUGUUCAGCAGAAAGUACGAGAUGACCUUAUCAAGCAGGGCCAAAAGCAAAUCCAACAACAGCUGUUUGUUCCUGCCGAAGAACCUUGGCGCCCCAUCAUUAACCCCCAAAAGGAAUAUCAACAGCAAUAUGCUCCACAAUUCACUAGUCCCACUAAGAACAUUGAUCUUGAGAAGAUAAUUCAGGAAAUUCAAUUAGAAAGAGAAGCAGCAAAAAUCCAUGCAGAAAAUAUUGCCAAGUCACCGCCUAUUGUUAUCCAUAAAGACAUUAGCAUAAUUAAACGGCGCCCUGUUCAUGUAAUCAAGCACGUGAAUAUUCCAUACCCAGCGCCGUUUUUCGUGCCCGUCCAAAAGCACGUAGAAGUCAAGGUACCCCAACCUUACGCGGUACCGGUAGAAAUUGUCAGACACGUUCCUGUGCCAAUAGUGAAGACUCAAGCAGUGGAAGUGGAAAAACCCGUGCCAUAUGAAGUGGAGAAACAUGUACCAGAAAUAGUCGAGAAAAAAGUCUUCGUCCCUGUCGAAAAACCUUACACCGUAGAACGCAUUGUUCCUGUUGAAGUUAGAAAAGAGAUUCCCGUUGCGAUCCCCGUCCAUAAACCGGAGAAGCUUACAGUUAUACGACAUGUCUGGAAACAUUAAUUUAUAGAUAAGCUAGUAUUUAAGUUGACUGUUUUGUUGAGGCUGAUU